UCUGUAAAAACUGUAACAAUAUAAUUCCGAAAUGUUAAAUUUUUCGAUUGCUACUUUACAGAGGCUGAAUCCAACAAUGUGAUAGGUAGAAAGCUUACUGCUAUUGAGAAUCUAUUCAUGAUGUAUUUAUGCAAGUAAAUAGCAAAUUGCGAAUGAUCGCGUAUUUCUAAUAGUCGUAAAUACAACUAUACAUUAUUUUGCAUAUACGAUGCAAUACACGAUUUAUACCGUACACUUUGGCAGUGACAGUUAAAAAAGAUAGCAAAAAUAAUCGUAUGCGUAUAUAAUAUUGUAAUACUGCCUUACAUAAAACGGAGAACAAUAUUGCAAGCAAACGUAGAAUAGAAAUCCUGCUAUGGAAAGUGUGUGGUCAAUCUUAAGUACAAAAACUGGAUAUGUUUAGACAAUAUACAAAUUGUAAUUUAUCUGUAAAACAAAUUCGAUUUGUAUUAUAUCCUUAUAGUAGACUGAUGCACUCUAAUAGAAGAAAUAAGAAUGAAUUACACGAUAAUUAUCCCUAUAAUAAUUAUAUUUUGAAAAUAUUAAAUGAUGAAACAAUUGAUUAUUUUAAAAGGUAUCGGAUCCCUCAAUCGCUUGCAAUUAAAUUGCACUUAUAUCGUGAAAAAUAUGGUUCAUAUAAAUCAUUAAAAGAUAUAUUAGAAGUACAAGAUAUGACAAAAGAGUUAUUAAAUAUAUUUAUACAAUCAAUUAUUAAUGAUAAGCAGUUUAAAAUAAUGCACAAUUUUAAAAAGUCAAUUAUUUUACCUUUGGCAGAUAUCCCACAAGAUCAAAUAUCUACUAUAUUGGGAAUUCAUGUAGGAACAAAUAUUAUUAGUUGGACAUUACUUGAAUCUGAAGAAAAUGUAUUGGACUGGAAUUAUGAAAAUUUUUUACAAAUUCCAAAAAAUGAUGAUACUUUUGGACUAUUUAAUUUGGCUUGGAAAUUAAAGUUUAAAAUUCCUAAGGCUGAUGUUUAUGUAAUGGAUGAAUUGAAUUUCAAUUACAACUUGUCGAAAUCUAUAAAGCAUACACGAAUAUUUUUACAGAAAGAAAAAUUGAAAGCAAUGAUUUUAGCUUUCUUAUCAGAAAAAAAUUUAUCAAAGGUUUUUAUGUUGAAAUUAGAAAAUAACGAAACUUCAUCACUCCCAGAGAAUGUUUACCUCCUGAAACAUGAGAAACUUGUAAAACUGUUUGACCUUUAUAUAGGUAACGAAAUAAUAUCUUCUAAGAAUGUAAUUAAUAGAUUAUUAUGUGAAAAAGAUUGCAUAAAUAAUAAAGAAAAAGAUCCUGUUGGUGUAUAUAUACAGAAGGACAUAAUGCAUAGAUAUAACAACCAAGUAGAUUACAUAAAAGAUCAAAUGAAUUGGUCUUUAUUGAUUGGUUUAACGUUCUUACAAUUAGGUGUUCUUGGAAAAUAUGAUUAUGACUUUAUUUAAGAUUGUGAAAAUGGCAAAAAAUUAAAGAAGUAUUUCAUUCCAUAACUUUUCUUUUCUAUUUCGAAUCGUUUUAUUUUAUUGUAAUACUGAUAUGUAUGCAGCAAUUAUACAUGCACAUGACAUAUAAAGUUUUCAAAUACUGGAAAGAA